AUGUCGGCGAUAACUGAUAGUGAAUUUUGCGCUGAGGCAAGGCAACGUUUUACACAUACAAAAGCGCUUUUUGAACAGCUCGAACGAAGCGGUGAACAAUUGCCGUCGUUUUAUUCACCACGACCACAGCGACAAGCACCACCACCUUUACCGCCAAAACCUGCUUUCCAUCAUUCUCCAUCUUCACCACUUUCUCAGCUUUCGAAUGGCUUGAUUUUAUGGCUUUUGCACGUUGAAAAGAAAAAUAUUUUAUGGAUGAAAUAA